AUGACAGAAACGUUCUGCCAAUUCAUUAUAUUGUGGAGUCGGGAUCGGGACGCGCCGCACUUGGGCUGCAAGGCUGUUACCUUGGAGCGGGUCCUUCAGCCAACUAUGGAGAGAUUGGAAUCUGCUUUGCCUUUUCUAGAGGCUCUAGAAACGCUCAAAACCCUGAAGCGCGCUGGCUGGUGCAAGCGAAACGUGCCCGAUCCUGAAAAUGUCGGCAAUCACAUGUACCAGAUGCUGUGGUACUGCUACCUGCAUCCCGACCUGCAACAUGAAGACGAGACCAAAGCACUGAUGAUGUGCAUCGUCCACGACAUCGGCGAAGUGACCGCUGGUGACAUAACACCAUCGGACGGGGUUGACCCUAAGAGGAAAUUUCUCCUAGAGAAGCUGGGCGUGCAGUACCUCUCGUGCUUGCUGGCCAAGUCCAAUCCGCCGCUCGCCGCACAGCUCCCCGAGAUAUGGCUCGAGUAUGAAGCAUCCGAGACACGCGUCGCCCAGCUCGUCCACCAGAUUGACAAGCUCGAGUGUCUUCACCAAGCCUUCAUCUACAGAAAGCGCCACGGCAGCGGACACAGGCUCGAAGAAUUCCAGGACCAGCGCGCCAAGAUUUCUGAUCCGUGGCUCGCGAAGCAGGCUGAUGCUGUUCUGGCGGAAUGGGCGACAGUAGAGCAGAAGCAGUUCUCCAGCCCCAUCUUCUUCAUUAUUGGCAAGGGCACAGUGUGCGCCCGCCUUGUCAACGUCUUCGGCUACCAGCACAUUUCUGUCGGCGAUCUCCUCCGGGAGGAGAUGAACAGGCCCGACUCCGCGUUCGGCGCCUUCAUCGCGGAAAGCAUGCAACAAUCCGUCAUCGUGCCGCCAUCGCUAACGCUGCUACUCCUCAAGGACCGGAUCCAGAAGGCGCAGGCCGAGGGGCGCGGGGUCCUGGUGGAUGGGUUUCCGCGCAGCGUGAGCCAGGCCGUGGCUUUUGAGCAAGAGAUUUCUCCCGUAUAUUCGACGAUAGUUCUAGAGUGCCCUACGGAAAUCAUGGUGCAGCGCGUGCAGCAACGUUCUGCUAGUUCGGCACGCGACGAUGACGCCACGGCUGUUCUAGUCAAGAGAAUCGAUACCUUCCUACAGACGAACAAGUCUGUGUUGGAUCAUCUCGUCAAAAAUAAGUUGUCAAGAGUUGACUGCACGGGAACCGCAGAUGAGGUCUUCUCAAUUGUGGAGAAGAUUGUGCAGUCGUCACAAUGA